AAUACAUAGAAAACCCCGCGGAAAUCUCCCAAGCAACUAUGGAUUGCACUAUACAGUUUCAACAGGCACAAGAAGCCAUGGUAUUAAAAGACCCUCCAUCCUAUGCAAUGAAUUGGAACCCACCCACAACAGGCACAUUCAAGGUCAAUUUCAGUGGGUUUGCUCCGGAACUCGUCCAUUUCAUCGGCGUUGGAGUUGUUAUUAGAAACGAAAAUGUUGUAUUUAGGGAUGGUCUUCCAAAGAAGGUGAAAGCUAGGGGGCUAGAUGAAGAUGCAGGUCUUUACUGA